CCCGUUCCUCGAAGCUUUUACCAACCAGAUGCGUUGCAUCUCAAGGACCGGUGGUGAUUCUGUUACCCCUAAAAGGUUGAGUCCUUUAGUUGAAGGAGUGCCAUCAAGUAAUGGAGCUUCAGAUAGCUCCUUGUCUAUGAAACGAAUCAAAUUUGGAGAAGAAAAGAUUCCUGAGAGUGAGUUUGAGGGUGGAAAUGGUACUAGUAUGGCAUGGGGACCUCAGAACCAGGACGAAGAAGAGGAAGAAGAAGAAGAAGAUCAAUCUUCAACUGACUCAGACAACACUGAAGUUAGAGGCUCGACGGGUUCUAGAAGAUAUACAAUCUCAGACUCCACGAUUUUCAAAUACUGCCUUGGAAACUUGACAGAGAGAUCUCUUAUUAUGAAGGAAAUCACAAACAACGCAGGGGACGAGGAAGUUUCUGAGUUUGCAGAUCAAGUUUCUCUCUACUCCGGGUGCUCCCAUCACGGUUAUCAAAUCAAAAUGGCGAGAAAGCUAAUAGCAGAAGGAACAAAUGCGUGGAUUCUGAUCUCUCGGAACUAUCAAAAUGUUCAUUGGGACAAUGUGGUGAUUGAGAUUGAAGAACAUUUCAUGAGAAUAGCUAAAUGCAGCAGUAGAUCUCUCACUCACCAGGAUUUUGAGCUACUAAGGAGGAUAUGUGGAUGCUACGAUUACAUAACUCAAGAGAAUUUUGAGAAGAUGUGGUGUUGGUUGUUCCCUGUUGCUACUUCUAUAUCCAGAGGAUUGAUUAACGGGAUGUGGCGCUCUUGUUCGCCUAAAUGGAUAGAAGGGUUCGUUACUAAAGAAGAGGCAGAACAUUCACUACAAAGUCAAGAACCGGGGACUUUCAUCCUCAGGUUCCCUACUUCAAGAAGCUGGCCACAUCCUGAUGCUGGCUCCUUGGUUGUGACUUACGUUGGUCGUGAUUUCGUUAUUCGUCAUCGAUUGCUUGCUGUCGAUCACAUCUGCGAUUCUAGUGAAAGAUAUACAGAUGCAAAACCUCUGCAAGAUAUGCUACUGGCGGAACCUGAGCUAUCUCGGCUUGGAAGGAUCGUAAGGAGCAUUUGAAUGUCAAAACACACUCUUACAAUCAACUGUCUGUUAUUAUUGAGGUUUCCUUAAUACUUUUUGCUAAGUCUCUUAUUGAUACUAACGUCUGUAAAGCUCAGUGAUGUAAAAAUCAAUUAGUGGAAAGCAAGUUGUGUUUUCUUAAAAAAAAUGUGGUGUUUGGUUGUUCCGACGUUAUGAGUUUUCCUUAAAACUUUUAGCCAAGUCUCUUAGUGUUACCAACUUCUGUAAAGCUCAGUGAUUUUAAAAUUAAUUAGUGGAAAGCAAUUUUUGUUUUCUU